AUGGGAGAAAUAGAGCAGAGGCCAAGUCCAGGAUCGCGACUGGGGGCCCCGGAGAAUUCGGGGAUCAGUACCUUGGAACAUGGACAGAAGCCGCCCCCCACACCUUCAGGAAAACUCAUGUCCAUUAAAAUCCAGAUGCUGGACGACACCCAGGAGGCAUUUGAAGUUCCACAAAGAGCCCCUGGGAAAGUGUUGCUGGAUGCAGUUUGCAACCACCUCAACCUCGUGGAAGGGGACUAUUUUGGCCUCGAGUUUCCCGACCACAAAAAGAUCACGGUGUGGCUGGAUCUCUUAAAACCUAUUGUCAAGCAGAUUAGAAGGCCAAAGCAUGUUGUUGUGAAGUUUGUGGUGAAAUUCUUUCCACCUGACCACACACAACUCCAGGAAGAACUCACAAGGUACCUGUUUGCUCUGCAGGUGAAGCAGGAUCUGGCUCAAGGCAGGCUGACGUGCAAUGAUACCAGCGCGGCUCUCUUGAUCUCACACAUUGUACAAUCCGAGAUUGGGGAUUUCGAUGAAGCAUCAGACAGAGAGCAUUUAGCAAAAAACAAGUACAUACCUCAGCAAGAUGCGCUAGAAGACAAAAUCGUGGAGUAUCACCAUAACCACAUCGGACAAACACCAGCAGAAUCAGAUUUCCAACUUCUGGAGAUUGCCCGUAGGCUGGAGAUGUAUGGGGUCCGGUUGCACCCGGCUAAGGACAGGGAAGGUACGAAGAUCAACCUGGCUGUUGCCAACACGGGAAUUCUAGUGUUUCAGGGUUUCACCAAGAUCAACGCCUUCAACUGGGCGAAAGUGCGCAAGCUGAGCUUCAAGAGGAAGCGCUUUCUCAUCAAGCUCCGCCCAGACGCAAACAGCUCGUACCAGGAUACCUUGGAAUUUCUGAUGGCCAGUCGGGAUUUUUGCAAGUCGUUCUGGAAAAUCUGUGUUGAACAUCAUGCCUUUUUUAGACUUUUUGAAGAGCCCAAACCAAAGCCAAAGCCUGUUCUCUUUAGUCGAGGCUCAUCAUUCCGGUUCAGCGGUCGGACUCAGAAGCAGGUUCUCGACUUUGUUAAAGAAGGAGGACAUAAGAAAGUGCAGUUUGAAAGGAAACAUAGCAAGAUCCAGUCCAUCAGAAGCCUUGCUACACAGCCCAUGGAGCCGAAUUCAGAAGUGCCAAAACAAGCGCAGCAGAGUGCCAGCCUUCCGCCCGGAGAAGGUGCGGAGCCCGCAGGUGGCGCGGGCGGUCAGCAGGGAGCGGAGCCGAGCGCUGCUGCCGAAGAGCGCCAGAGCCCCGCGCCGCCCAGGAGCCCCGCGGGCGGCGGGAAGGCGGACGGAGCCCCGCGGGCGCCGGCCGACGAAGAGGAGGAGGUCGUUAAGGAUAGGACCCAGCAGAGUAAAGCUCAGCCCCCGCAGCCGAGCACAGGCUCCCUGACUGGUAGCCCUCACCUUUCAGAGCUGUCCAUCAACUCGCAGGGAGGAGCCGCGCCCACCAACGUGAUCCUGUCUCCCAACCUGAGCCCUGACACCAAGCAGGCCUCUCCCUUGGUCAGCCCGCUGCUGAACGACCAGGUGUGCCCACGCACCGACGACGAGGAGGAAGGCCGGAGAAAGAGAUUCCCGACUGACAAGGCAUACUUCAUCGCUAAGGAAGUCUCCACCACCGAGAGAACUUAUCUGAAGGAUCUUGAGGUCAUCACUUCGUGGUUUCAGAGCACAGUCAGCAAAGAGGAUGUCAUGCCUGAAGCCUUGAAAAGUCUCAUAUUCCCGAAUUUUGAACCUUUGCACAAAUUUCAUACAAGUUUUCUCAAGGAGACUGAACAACGACUAGCCCUGUGGGAAGGCCGCUCAAAUGCCCACAUCAGAGGGGAUUACCAAAGAAUCGGAGAUGUCCUACUGAAGAACAUUCAGGGUAUGAAGCAACUGGCGGCUCACCUGUGGAAGCACAGUGAAGCUUUGGAGGCGCUGGAGACGGGCAUCAGGAGCUCGCGGCGGCUGGAGAGCCUGUGCAGAGACUUCGAGCUGCAGAAGGUGUGCUACCUGCCGCUCAACACCUUCCUCCUGCGCCCGCUGCACCGGCUCAUGCACUACAAGCAGGUCCUGGAGCGGCUGUGCAAGCACCACCCGCCCAGCCACGCAGACUUCAGGGACUGCCGAGCUGCUCUGGCAGAGGUUACUGAAAUGGUGGCACAGCUUCACGGUACGAUGAUCAAGAUGGAGAAUUUCCAGAAGCUGCAUGAACUCAAGAAAGACUUGAUUGGCAUCGACAAUCUUGUGAUUCCGGGAAGGGAAUUCAUCCGCCUGGGCAGCCUCAGCAAGCUCUCCGGCAAGGGGCUCCAGCAACGCAUGUUUUUCCUGUUCAACGACGUCUUGCUGUACACGAGCAGGGGGCUGACGGCCUCGAAUCAGUUUAAAGUGCAUGGGCAGCUCCCGCUGUACGGCAUGACUAUAGAGGAAAGCGAAGACGAGUGGGGUGUCCCCCACUGCCUGACCCUGCGGGGCCAGAGACAGUCCCUCGUCGUGGCGGCCAGCUCUAGAUCCGAGAUGGAAAAGUGGGUCGAGGAUAUACAAAUGGCCAUCGACUUGGCAGAGAAAAGCAGUGGCCCCACUCCCGAGUUCCUGGCCAGCAGCCCCCCCGACCACAAGUCCCCCGAUGAGGCCGCGGUGGCCGACCAGGAGUCGGAGGACGACCUGAGCGCGUCGCGCACAUCGCUGGAGCGCCAGGCCCCGCACCGCGGCAACACCAUGGUGCACGUGUGCUGGCACCGCAACACCAGCGUGUCCAUGGUGGACUUCAGCGUCGCCGUGGAGAAUCAGUUGUCCGGGAACCUGCUGAGGAAAUUCAAAAACAGCAACGGGUGGCAGAAGCUGUGGGUGGUGUUCACGAACUUCUGCCUGUUCUUCUACAAGUCCCACCAGGACCAUCACCCCCUGGCAAGCCUGCCUCUGCUCGGCUACUCACUCACCAUUCCCUCCGAGUCCGAGGACAUCCACAAAGACUACGUGUUCAAGCUGCAUUUCAAGUCUCACGUGUACUACUUCAGGGCCGAAAGCGAGUACACGUUUGAAAGGUGGAUGGAGGUGAUCCGCAGCGCGACCAGCUCGGCUUCCCGCGCCCACAUCCUGAGUCACAAAGAAUCCCACGUGUACUGA